CGAGGUUGCACCCUUAUCACGAGGAGGAUGCAUGACAACAGGCGUCUUGUGAGGAGAAAAAUGAUGAGUAAUCGUGUCUGCUUACUGUGCACUUAGUGUUUGAUAGGGGGAACUGAAAGUGUUUUCAUUUGCAGUUAAAAAUGAAGGUUUUCAAGCAACUGUCUUUGUUGAUAUGGAAGAACUACAUCUUGCAAAUUCGAAGGCCGGUAGCAACAUUGUUUCGGCUAGGCCUGCCUGUACUUUUUAUUUUCAUUAUUCUCCUAAUCCGUGUGUUGAGGAUAAAACAAGAGCACAUAGGUGCUACUGUUUGGAAAGAUUUUAGCAUAGAAAGUAUACCAUAUAAGCAUCCAGGCCAAGGAAAAUGGAAAAUUGCUUACACUCCAAACAAUGCAGAAAUUCGCUCAGUUAUGGAAGAAGCUGUUACUACACUAGGCCUAAGUGCAUCAUCUAUCUCUGGCUACAGAACAGAAGAAGCAAUGGUGACGGAAAUAAUCAACGAUCAAGAAAAACCAGCAGACAAAUGGAAUUACCUCUGUGGGGUUGUUUUCAAGGUGAAUGUGAAUGAAACGCAUGUAACUUACAAAAUCAGAUUUCCUUCAAGUUUGAGAAACAGCCAAUCCAAUAAAACCAGCCAAUUCUCAGGGUUUCAGGCCGGACAAGGGACAUGGCAAACGAAAUCUGUUUUUCCACGUACUUUCGAUGGAAUAGGUCCAAGGAGUAAUAAAUCAAAAUCUGGAGGGCCUCCUGAUUAUUUCAAAGAGGGGUUCCUUUCUGUCCAACUAGCUGUUGAUUCUGCCUUGAUCUCUUUCAAAGGAAGCCAAAUAAAUGGAAGUGUCAACUUGAAUAUUAGCCAGAUAAAGAUGCAACGAUUUCCUUAUCCUGCAUACAUAAAAGACCCAUUUGUGGUUGUCAUUCAGAUCAGUUUACCUUUGCUUCUUAUGCUGUCAUUGGUCUACAAUGCCUUGCUGGUUGUCAAGGAAGUAGUUUAUGAGAAAGAGAAGCGACUUAAAGAAUCAAUGAAGAUAAUGGGACUGACUGGAUACUUGCACUGGGUUGCUUGGUUCAUUAAAUGCUUCGUGCUGCUCCUCAUACCAAUGGCACUUAUAACUAUCAUGCUUACUGUUAAAUUUGGAAACAAUGGCAAAAUGCUUCAGAAAAGUGAUCCUUCUCUAAUAUUUGUAUACCUGGUGCUCUAUUCAAUAUCCAGCAUCAUGUAUGGUUUUAUGAUUAGCACAUUCUUCUCACGUGCAAACACUGCUGCUGCUGGAGGUGGCAUCACAUGGUUUCUUAGUUAUAUACCAUACUUCUUUCUCUCCAUGUAUUAUGAUCUUCUGAAUACACCUCAAAAGACCAUAUCUUGCAUUGAUUUCAAUGUAGGUAUGGCCUUUGGUGCGGCCUUAAUAGGGAAGUUUGAAGGUCAAGGUAUAGGGGUUCAGUGGUCAAAUCUUUUUCAAGGUGUUACGGUUGAUGAUAGCUUUUCUUUUGGAGCUGUUCUCUUUAUGAUGAUGUUUGACAGUGUGCUUUAUGGGUUGAUCAUGUGGUAUAUUGAAGCAGUUUUCCCUGGUGAAUAUGGAAUACCACAGCCAUGGUAUUUCCCAUUUAAAAAGAGUUACUGGUGUGGUGAAAGGGUUGAGGCCUUGCAAAAUGAUGAUUAUGUCCAGUUUCAAAAUGAGAAUAGAAACGAUGAAGAUAACAAGCCCUCUGCAAAUGAAAGUUUUAUUGAGAAAGAGCCAGCAAAUCUCAAAGCUGGAAUUCAGAUUCAGAAUCUGAGGAAACAGUUUGCAACUGAUACAGGCGUCAAAGUUGCAGUUAAUGGACUGACGCUGAACAUGUAUGAAGGCCACAUCACUGCACUGCUUGGCCAUAAUGGAGCUGGGAAGACAACCACAAUUUCUAUGGUUACAGGACUGUUUCCGCCAACAUCAGGCACUGCUGUUGUCAAUGGCUACGACAUCACUGAAAAUAUAACUGGUGUCAGAGAGAGUUUAGGUAUCUGUCCUCAACACAACGUACUUUAUGAUAACUUGACGGUGGCUGAACAUCUUUGGUUUUUCGCUAAACUCAAAGGAAUCGAUGAUAAAAAGUUGCUAGAGGGCGAAGUCAACCGACUAAUAAAUGCUGUUGGGCUAGAAGACAAGCGAGAUGUGCAAACGAAGAAGUUAUCUGGUGGCAUGAAGAGAAAGUUGUCUGUAGGAAUCGCUUUGAUCGGCAAUUCAAAAAUUGUGAUUCUUGAUGAGCCGACAUCUGGUAUGGACCCCGCUGCUAGACGAUUCACAUGGGAUCUUCUGCAAAAAGAGCGAAAAGGAAGAACCAUCCUACUCACAACACAUUUCAUGGAUGAAGCUGACUUACUUGGCGAUCGCAUUGCUAUUAUGGCAAACGGAGUCCUUCAAUGCUGCGGAACAUCGCUGUUCUUGAAGAAUAAAUAUGGCGUUGGGUAUCAUAUGGUCAUGGUGAAAUCAGCUGACUGUGAUGUCUCCAAGAUUUCGUCUGUUAUCAAGCGGUUUAUACCAAGUGCAAAACUUGAAAAUGAUGUUGGAUUAGAACUCUCAUAUAUUCUACCAAGCGAGGAAUCUAAAAAUUUUGUGACUUUGUUUACGUACUUGGAAGAGAACAAAAAUGAGUUAGGCAUAUCAAGUUAUGGAGCGUCCGUCACAACCCUGGAGGAAGUGUUUCUCAGAGUAAAAGAAGAGGAAUCAUUGCAAGAAGAUUCAGAAUCGCUUUCAAAGAAACUUUACCGCCAGCUCAGUUCAAAAUCUAAUUCAUCUUCGAAGAGGUCUAACGGAGACAGAAGUGGAUUUGAAAUAGAUUCCAGUAGAUCAGCGCCUUCGCAGUCGACACACAGAGAAAAUGACGACUACUUUGGAUCUUCGCAACGCAUCACGGGACAGAAGCUGUUCUACCAAAAAUGGCGCGCUAUGUUUGUGAAGCGUUUCUUAAACUCAAAGCGUUACAAAAGAUCAAUCAUCACUCAGCUUUUGAUGCCAGGGUUCUGGACUUUGAUGGCCAUGGUUGUUGCUAAAACCUUUCCACAGCCAACUGACUCACCGCCUCUUACACUUGACUCAAACAUGUUUAAGGAAAAUUACGUCUAUUACUCUGACCCGGAAAGCACUACUAACCCAAGCAACAAAGGAUUCUUCCAAGUUUUCGUUGAUCAAUUCAGAAACACACAGACAAAACCAAGAAAUGUUACAAAGCAAUCCCAUGGCAACCUGACAUCAUAUAUCCUAAAGAAAUCAGCUGUUGAUAUUGGUGAAUUCAACUUGAAGUAUUUGAUUGCCGUGAAUGCAAAAGAAAGCAGUAAUAUUUUGGACGUCAAGGCCUGGUUCAAUAAUGCCGCUUACCACUCAUCGGCAGCUGUAAUAAAUGCAGUGAAUAAUGCCAGGUUUCGGUAUGUCACAGGCACUUCUGGUAGCAUUACAACGAUCAAUCACCCUCUACCAAGAACUACAUCUCAGUCUAUUGAUGAUCUUAGCAGAAAUGGUGUUGGAUUCAACGUUUCGUUCAACAUCUUAUUUGGGAUGGCUUUCUUAGCAUCAAGUUUUGUCGUCUUUCUAGUCCAGGAACGAGCAAGCAAAGCGAAACACCUACAAUUUGUGAGUGGUGUUGGCCCAUUCUGUUACUGGACAGCAUCGUUUGCGUGGGACUUGAUCAACUUUCUGAUUCCAAUUAUUUUCAUCGUCAUAAUUUUCGCAGCGUUUGACGUACCAGCGUAUUCAGGAAAUCGCCUUGGCUACGUAGUUGUUCUCUUGCUGUUGUAUGGCUGGGCCAUCAUACCUCUGGUUUACCUUUCGUCGUUUUUGUUUACGGUGCCAUCAACAGCCUUCAUACGACUGACAAUAUUCAACGUUAUUACUGGCCUUGCAACUCUUCUAACGAUUUUCAUCCUGAGCCAACCUCAGCUGGAUCUUCUUGACGUGGCUUCAGCUCUCAAAUGGGUUUUCCUUUUCUUACCAAACUACGCCCUAGGACAAGCGUUGAAUGACCUUUUUGUAAAUCAUCAAUACAUUGAGCUAUUCAACAAAGGUUUUGAAUUGUGCAUGAAGACAAAAUUGCCCUUUCCAGUUCCGCAGGAUAAAAAGAAGGAAAUCUGCAGAGAGUUUGUUCUUAAUGUACUGAAAAACAGUCCAAGCAAAGUAGUUUUCCAAGAUAAUUAUUUGUCAUGGGAACUCCCUGGUAUUGGCAGACCUCUUGUGUUCAUGGCUUGUGAAGGACUCGUGUUCUUCCUUCUUGUUUUAUUUUUUGAGUACGGAGGAUUCAAAUUGCUGAUUAAAUCGUUAAGAAGCAGCUCGAGAAAAGUGUUUGAAAUGAUGGAGAAUGGAAUGAGUGUGGCAGCAGAUGAUGACGUAGCGGCUGAGAUGAGGAAGAUUCAAAGAAACAACACUGCGAAUGAUGUUCUUGUUUUAGAGAAUGUAACAAAAUACUACGGAAGUGUGGGCAAGCGAUUUCUUGCCGUUGAUGGCCUUUUCCUAGGCAUGCCAAGGGGGGAAUGCUUCGGUUUGCUCGGGUUGAAUGGGGCUGGCAAAACAACGACAUUUAAGAUGAUCACUGGAGAUGAAAGUGUUUCUGAUGGCUGCAUUUAUGUAGAUGGCUACGAUAUUGAGCAGAAUAUGACCAAGGUGCGUCAGUGCAUUGGAUAUUGUCCCCAGUUUGAUGCUCUGAUUGAUCUUUUGACGGGAAGAGAACUGUUGACCAUGUAUGCUCGACUACGUGGCAUACCAGAGAGCAGAAUUCCGAAAAUUGUGGAAGAAUUGGCUGUUUCUUUGUCAUUUGAGCAGCAUAUCGACAAAAUAUCCAAAACCUACAGUGGAGGAAACAAGCGGAAGCUAAGCACUGCGCUGGCAUUGGUUGGAAAUCCACAAAUCGUAUUUUUAGACGAACCUACCUCUGGCAUGGAUCCUGCAGCAAGAAGAAAACUAUGGAAUGCAUUAACCAGAUUCAGAGACCAAAAGGGAUCAAUUGUGAUAACAUCGCAUAGCAUGGAAGAAUGUGAAGCACUUUGCACAAGGCUUGCAAUCAUGGUUAACGGACAGUUCAAGUGCCUGGGCAGUCCGCAACACCUAAAGAGCAAAUUUGGCGAGGGAUACACUCUACUUGCCCGAGUUGGUGGCAUCAACCCUGAUACAACGCCCUUGAAACAACUAAUCAGUCAGAAUUUUCCUGGCUCUAUACUGAAAGAUGAGCAUCAAGGAUUUAUCAACUAUCAGCUCAAAGAUGCAACGAAUUCAUGGGCACGUGUGUUUGGCGUUCUCGAGAAAAACAAAGAGAGAUAUAACAUCGAAGAUUAUUCAGUUAGUCAGACAACAUUGGAGCAAGUGUUUCUAAAUUUUGCCAGAUAUCAGAGAGAAGACGAGAGACAAAACCUGAAUGCUUAGCAGAACAUUUCUGUAGUUUUGACAACACUUUUGGGUCCUCAAGCAUAACUGCUUGUAAAGAUUUUGGAGCCGAGCUAGGGUAGCACUUGAACUUUAAUAGGCACUAACUUCAAAGCCCAGGCACCGAUUUCGGUUUUUUUACUUGGAUUUGCGAUUAUAAUCUUACACUAUCAUUUGCUGUUUAAAAUUAGAAUGUCUCUCAAAAUUUAUGAGGAAUGAAAAACUAGCGAUUGACUCAAGCAAUCAACACGGCAGUAAAUAAUCAUCGUUUUGCGAGGCCCAGCCUUUUUUAUAGCAAGAUAUUGAGCGGAAUACGACCAAGUUUAACUGUCGGGGUUAAAACGAUAAUUUAAUGAAAAAAAACUGAAGUAAGAAAGGAAUUCUAGAAAUUUUCGUUGAUAGUUUAUUUAAAUUUGUUCUACAUUGCCUACCAAAUGUCUUGGAACACUAAAGUCAGUUUGCAACUAAGGUCAAAUUAAAAGCCAUCCCCCUCUCCCACACGGAACAAUGUUGGUUUACUAUUAAACUGGUAAGGGAAUUAGGAAGUACCCUAUUUUGCGUUUCUCUUUUGAUAUUUGCCUAAACUAUCAACAUUGUUUUAGGAGGAAGGGGCUGAAGCACAAUUUUUUUGUAAAAGGAAUAAAAGAUGUAAAAUGCAACGCAAAUUUCUGGGUGUUCCAAUAACUUUUGGCAGGCAUUGUAAUGCUGCUUUAAGAAUAUUGGCAUUAGAAUCCAACGUCGACUUUUUGUACCUCAAAACCUAACAUUGUCGAAAUUGACGGAGCAAAAUUUAGUUUUGUUGGAAACCAACCCUGAUAGUUACAUAUUCUGUUAGUCUGUAUAUGAGAGCAUCCCUUUUUGAAUUUUAUAACAGUCAAUAAAAGGUAUUCUUUUAUGGAAAAGUAUCUCUAUGCUGUAUAUAUUCAUUAAUCCAUCAAAAAAAUAUAGAAUAUAUGAUUAUUUUCUAUGAUUUAUUAAUUUAAUAAAUGUUCGUUAUUUGUUGUUCAUGGACUUUUUUCAAAUCAUCUAUGAUGACUUUAAGAGCGACAAAGUCUUGAAUUUUGUAGGCAAAGAAAAGAACGAAUCAUUAGAUACCCAUUUUCGAGUGUUGUCCAAUCCUUGACAAUUGUCCAAAGCUAACUUCUAGAAAGAAAACAUUUGAGCAAAGUGUAGUAUUACGCAGGCUUCUGACCUCGUUAGAGUAUUGUCCUCCUUCAUGCAAAGAGUACCCUCAACAUAUUCAACGAAUUCUCUUCACUGAAGCGUGCCAUGCAAAGCACCCGUUCAUGAAAUUUCCUUCACUAUGCGAGAAAACCCUUCACUAGUGCAGAAAGUACGCUUUUUUCAUUUAAUAAAUUUCUUCACCAAUGCAAGGAAUCUCUUUCUCCAAGGAAGGAAUUCCCUUCACUUAUGCAAAAUUUGGGCAUCACCCUUGCAUGAUAUGCCCUUCACUUAUGCAAGGUAUCUCUUUCACCCAUUCAAGUAUUGCCCUUCACACAUGCAGGUAAUUCCCUUCACCCAUGCAAGUAUUGCUCCUCAUCUAUAUAAGAAAUGCCCUUUACCCAGAAUAGGAAUCUCCCUCACCCAUGCAAGGAAUGUCCAUUACUAAUGAAAGAAAUUCAUUUCACACUGACAUGAAAUGUUUUCACCUCUUGAAAUGCCCUACAUACAUGCUAGCAAUACCUUUAACUCAUGCACUGAAUACAAGAAUACCAGCGAUCGUGCAGGUCGUACAAUGCAUGCAGUCAUUUUAGAAAAUAUUUUGUAUUCAUUUUAUAAUUUGAUUAAAUAUUUCUAGAAUAACACUAAUUAGCCCUCAAUUUUUAUAGGAUUUGUUUGUAGUAUUUGAUAAUUCACAAUUAAAAUUAUUCAAAAUGUCCUUUGAUUUUAAAUUUUGUUAUUACUGUCAUUUAUAAAAUUUUCAAAAAGUCUUUACCA